UAUACAAAUUCUCUUUCACUCAGUUUAACCAUCUUCUUUCUUCAGCUUCUUCUUCUUCUUCUUCUUCUUCUUCUUCUUCUUCUUCUUCUUCUUCUUCUUCUUCUUCUUCCUCCUACAAUGGCUGAUUCAGAUGAAAACCCUAAUCAACAAGAAAACUCCAUAAUUCCAGUGUUAACAGUUUUCAAGAACAAAUCCAUCAUCAAGAACAUCUGCAUCGUUCUCAACAACAACGAUGACACCGAUCACAUCAUUCUCAUCGGUCGACACCCAACCUGCAACAUUGUUCUCACUCACCCUAGCAUCAGCCGCUUCCACCUUCAGAUUCGCUUCACUCCCUCUUCCAAAUCCAUUUCCCUCCUCGAUAUAUCUUCUGUGCACGGAACGUGGGUGAGUGGUAGAAAGCUCGAGCAUGGCGUGAGUGUUGAGUUGAAGGGAGGUGAUAGCUUUCGACUUGGGGUUUCCAGUAGGGUUUACCUUCUUCGCUUUGUCUCCCAAUUUGAUGCAAAUGCAUUAAAGAACAUUGGUUCUUUAUGUUUUGAUGAUGAUGAAAUUAAGAGUCAGUUAGAAACAUUUGAUGAUGAGAAUGACUCCGUUAGAACUGAGACAUCAUGUUGUGAUGGUGAAGAUGAACUGGGUGAAUCUCAAAUCUGUUAUCUGUCUCCACCUUAUGUACAAUCAGUGGAUAAAGCAGAAAAUAGAGAACAAAUAAUUGAAGCUUGUCCCGAAGUAGAGGCGACAGGAGAGACUAAUUUGCUUUGCACAUGGAAGGAAUGUUUUAAACACACCUUAUGUAAUCCAGUUGUGGAAGCAAACAAAUUGCACCAACAAUCUUCUGCAGAAAAGAAGUCGAUUGACCCUGAAGCAUCACUUAAUGAAAUAGUUAGUGCUGCAGUGGAUGUGAAACCUAAGGAAUCUGAUUUUGAUGGUGCAUUCAAAGAUAGUGACAAGAUUGAAGAUGUUUUAACUACAAGAGCAAACAUCUUCAAUUCUGAGGACAUGCCUGAUUCUGAAUCUCAUCAGACCAAUACUGAUGGGGAGGUUUCCGUUGAAUCACUCUCUGAUGGGGAAGGGUACUCACUGAAUGAAAUAGUUAAAAAUAUGGACCCUUCAUCGUCUGAUGAAAAUGGUGUUGCUGCUGUGAAUGUAAAACCUAGAGAACACAAAAUAGAAUUCUUCUUUGAAGAAAAUGCCAGUAUUGACAAUAUUUUAACUAGUGUAGCUAGUCUUUUCGUUUCUGAAAACAGGUCUUCACUAGUUGAGGAAGCAAAUCCUGUAACCAAUCUUCAACAAAACAAGAUUGUUGAAGAAGUUAAUGUUGAUUCACUAUCUGAUGGAGAAAAGGAAAAUAAGUGUGACAAAGUGUUGCAGGCAUACCAGAAUUUUAAACCUUGUGAUGAAGAAUGUAAUUCACUGGAUGAAACAGUUGAAGAUACUGGGAAAUCCUAUCAAACAGAGUCACUUAAUCCUUCAGUAGCUCAGGAGGCUGAUUUAGAUAUUACAUACAAAGAGAAUCAAGCCCCACAAUCUCUCGUUGCUGUGGCUGGAUGCUUUGAUUUGGAAAGCCAUGAAAGCUGUGUAGAAGACUUAGCAGAGAGAAGUUCAACCUUUGCUUGUGAUAAGGCUAUGAGUGCGCCUCAGAAUCAAACCAGGAAGAGCAGAUUGUUGAACACACCUAAUGUUGACACUAAAUUUGUAACGAGUAAUUUGAGGGAUAUCAGUGUCAUAAAUAAACCAAUGCGAACGGAUCUCUUCUCUGUCUUGGAUGAAGAGGAAAUGUUCACUCCAAAUAAGGAAAACCUAGAAGAUAGUAAAAGUUCCAAGUCACAGAUAUCAAAGAAUUUGUUGAAGGCUAGUCCCAACUUCUAUUCCGCUGAAAGAAGUACCUCUUCAAAUAAAGAGAACCUGACUCCAAGAGAAGCCCAACAAUGGCAGUCAGGGAGAAAGCCUCUUGAGUGUCAUGAUACUGCGGGGUUAAGAAAAAAGAGAAUGGAGCGGACACCCUUAAAGUCACUGAUGAAUUCUGGAGGCAAUCACAAUUCGGCAAACUCAAGUCCUUUUUAUAGUCCUUUUUCUGCUGCAAAAGAAAACCUGACUCCAAUAGAAGCCCAACAAUGGCAGUCAGAGAAAAAGCCUCUUGAUUGUCAUGAUACUGCGGGAUUAAGUAAAAAGAGAGUGGAGCGGACACCCUUACAGUCAUUAAUGAGUUCUGGACGCAAUCACAACUCGGCAAACUCAAGUUCUUUUUAUAGUCCUUUUUCUGCUGCAAAAGAGAUACCCUUACAGUCACUAGGGAGUUCGGGAGGCAAUUUCAUUUCAGCAAACUCAAGUUCUUUUAGUAGUCCAUUUUCUGCUGCAAAAUCCAUUCUUGGGGUCACUGCGAGAACCAGUAAUUCGAGACAUAUUUCAGACAAGCAAAGUGAACCUUCUCCUAUUAAUGAAGAACGAAAGAGAAGCUGGGAUAUGGUUGUAGACACUGCUUCACUUCUGAACAAAGAGUCAAGAAAGGCUUUGCAGCUUCUACAAGGUCUCAAGGGGACUCGCUUAAUCAUUCCACAAUCAGUCAUAAGAGAAUUGGGCAGCUUGAAGCAACAUAUCGGAGUUUUUAGAAGGAUUCCAGAGGCUACUUUGGCCUUGGAAUGGAUUGAAGAAUGCUUAGGAAAGACAAAGUGGUGGAUUCACAUCCUUGACUGUGUUUUUCCUAUUGUUGAAGAACAUAUCCUUGACUGUGCUCUUCAAUAUAGAAAAAAAGAUGAUGCUGGACAACUUGUCCUUCUUAGUGAUGAUAUCAACUUGAAAAUCAAAUCCAUGGCAAAGGGACUGCCAUGUGAGACAGCGGAGCAAUUUCGUCGGAGUUUAGUGAACCCUUUCUCUGAGAGGUUUAUGUGGGCUAACAGCUCUCCUAGGGGACUGACUUGGUCUUGCCAAGAUGAUGUGGUUUUAAGGGAGAAAUAUUGCUGUUUCCCAUCAAAGGCUGGUCUGAAGCUGCUUGUCACUUAAAAGUUGGCUGGCUUACUAGCAAUUAAACUACUAGUCUUGUUUUCAUUUUUUAGUUACUCUCAAACUUGAAUCUUUCAAGUUACAUACAAUUCACUGCGCACUCAAUGGAUGGUUUGAAGCUCCUAACCACUUAAAAGUUUGCUUACUAGCAAGUAACUACUAGUCUUAGUUUUCAUUUGAGUAACUACUAGCUCCAUUCUCAAUGGAUGUUUUGUUUUUUAUGUUCAAUGAAAAUGAUGCUGGCCUACUUGUAUUGGUUUUUUUUUUAAGAAACUUGUU